UACAAUUAUUUUUUUUUUCUCUCUGAAUUUAUAUUUCAUAUAUGUAAGUGUAUGUUGAUAUUGAACCCUGUCGGUCAAUGAGUUCUGUCACAUUAUGUAUCGGUAUGUAUCUCAGCCAUCCUGAGUAAUAAUUCAAGUUAAUGCCACCUAAACUUUCUAGUGGUCAUCAACAACCUAAAAAUUCAAAACCAUCUGCAGUUCCUUUUCAAAUAAAUACUCGUAGUACAGUUUACAAUAGAGGGGCAGUUGUCCCAUCGACUGGUUUGACACCUUUUACAACGACGAGUAGACGACAGGUGUCACGCACGCCAGAUUCGUUACCAAGUUCGAGAAUUCCUGUACGAGUAGCCCCUCAUCGGUCUCAAGGUGGGCGUCUUGAGUAUACGUUACCAUCAGUGUUAUUCUGGACUGAUUCGGAUAGUGACGGUAGUGUCACAGACAAUAUGGCGAAUAUUCAACCAUUAGUCGAUGCUGUUCAGGACAUGACAGCUGCAUUCGCAGCACAGCAACAAGCGUCAGCCACAGCAACUGCAGGUAUACAGAAUCAAUUACAACAGGCCGUGCAGGUCAAUAAUAACUUAAUUGCAGCACUGCAAGCCCAGGCAGUACCGGUAGCCGGCGGUGGUGGCGUUGGUGGCGGGGGGCCCGUUAGAAUUGAUAAUUCUUUGGUUGAGUCUAUUCCCAAGUUUUUAGGUAACGCAGAAGAGUUGGCGACCGAGUUCAUCGAUCGAAUCGAGGCAUUGGCUGUAACGGAGGGAUGGACUGCCCAGCAACAAGUUUUGGUUGCUGUUCGACGUCUAGGAGGAUCAGCGGUGGAAUGGCAUGCGAGAGUUGGAAGGAUCAAUUUGGAUUGGCCAGCCUGGUCAGCAGCGUUCAGGGCGGCGUUCCCAUCAACGCUCCCGUUGAGUGAGUGGACGACCAGGAUGACGGCACGUGUGCAGCAGCCCGGCGAGGCCAUCAUGCAGUACGCAGUGGCAAAGGAGAAACUGCUGUUGAUGUCACCAGUCACACUCACCGAUCAACAGAAGGUACAGGCCAUGACUGAUGGCCUGAGUGACUGGAAGAACCAGGCAUCGAUUCUCCAAGCUGCGCCAGCAAACAUAGCCGCCUUUUACACGGCAUGUGCCGCUUUACCAGUCAGUUGGUCUGCAACAACGGCGACCCCAGCAACAGGGCCUCUUUCUCCUGGCUUCUCAGUGGAUGAUUUGGCGGCCAGAAUCGAACGGAUGGUCAUCGGAAGGUUGGGGCCAGUCGGACGUAGUGGAGGUGGAGCAGCAGCUGUUUCCCCGGCUGGACGAGGGAGAGGUUCGGAUCCGGAUGGAAGAGGGCGAACGAGUGGAGGUGUCGGUCGUGGCUUCGUACCAGUCAGCGAUCGACAAUGCUUUGGAUGCGGCAAAAUUGGUCACAUCGCCAAAGAUUGUCCUGCAAAAAAGUAGCUUUCCCGUUCGGAGCAGGGCCGAUUUUGACGGGUUACAGAAAGUCCCCCUGCAGUGCUCCUCUCCCCAUCAUCACGGUAAACAUUGAUGGAAUUGGUGCGGUUGUGGCAUUGGUGGAUUCAGGCGCGAGCUCGAGUGCCAUUCGUCGUAGCCUCGCCAAAAAACUGAACGAAUGUGUAGGUCCCAGUGUGCGAUUUCGAGGGUGGGAUAGUAAAACAGUGGCAAUUGACUCGUUUGUAAACAUGGAAGUUACGUGGAAAGGUAGAAAAACGGAAGUGAAACGAGUUGCGUCAGUUAAACAUCCACCUUUCCCUCUCAUUCUUGGAGUCGACUGGAUAGUUGGUAGCAAGACAGACUUGAUUGUGAGAGAAGGAAAA